GAGGGAUGCAGUUCGGCAGAGGCGGCCGCCACAGGGACUCGCCGCCAUCGCCCUCGCCUCAGCAGCCUCGGUUCCCGUGGCCGCCUCAGCCGGAGAGGAGCCGCGGAGCCUGCCCGCCGCCGCCGCCCCGCACGUCCCGUUCAUUCCUUUCAUCUUGAUCCUCAUCUAUAAAAUAAAAAUUGGAACAGAAAGGCCUGUAUCAGCCCUGAAAUAUUUAAGGAACAGCAUGAUUCUAUGGAAAGAGCAUGGACUUUGGAAUCAAGCCAAUGUAUGUGUAACCAUUUUCAGGUUAAGUACUCACCUGUGUGGGUUACUGCAUAAAUCCUAAAAGACUGCAAGGUGGCAAUGUCUCGGGAACCCACCCCACCUCUGCCUGGAGAUAUGUCCACUGGUCCUAUAGCAGAAAGCUGGUGUUACACACAGGUUAAAGUCGUAAAAUUUUCCUACAUGUGGACCAUUAAUAACUUUAGUUUUUGUCGAGAAGAAAUGGGUGAAGUGCUAAAAAGUUCAACAUUUUCAUCUGGUCCAAGUGACAAAAUGAAAUGGUGCCUGAGGGUAAACCCAAAGGGAUUAGAUGAUGAAAGUAAAGACUACUUGUCCUUAUAUUUGCUUUUAGUCAGCUGCCCUAAAAGUGAAGUUCGAGCAAAAUUCAAAUUUUCCCUUCUGAAUGCUAAAAGGGAAGAAACAAAAGCAAUGGAAAGCCAAAGAGCAUAUCGAUUUGUUCAAGGGAAGGACUGGGGAUUUAAAAAAUUCAUUAGAAGGGAUUUUUUGCUUGAUGAAGCUAAUGGUCUUUUGCCAGAUGACAAGCUUACAUUAUUUUGUGAGGUGAGUGUGGUUCAAGAUUCAGUAAAUAUAUCAGGACAUACUAAUACAAAUACUUUGAAGGUGCCUGAAUGUCGAUUAGCAGAAGAUUUAGGUAAUCUCUGGGAAAACACAAGAUUUACUGAUUGCAGUUUUUUUGUCAGAGGACAAGAAUUUAAAGCUCAUAAAUCUGUGCUUGCAGCUCGAUCUCCAGUUUUUAAUGCAAUGUUUGAACAUGAAAUGGAAGAAAGCAAAAAGAAUCGAGUGGAAAUAAAUGAUUUAGACCCUGAGGUUUUUAAGGAAAUGAUGAGAUUCAUUUACACAGGGAAAGCACCAAAUCUUGAUAAAAUGGCUGACAGCUUGUUGGCAGCUGCAGACAAAUAUGCACUGGAACGGCUGAAGGUCAUGUGUGAAGAAGCUUUGUGUAGUAACCUCUCAGUAGAAAAUGUUGCGGAUACCCUUGUCCUUGCAGAUUUGCACAGUGCAGAGCAGUUGAAAGCACAAGCCAUAGACUUUAUUAAUAGGUGCAGUGUACUUCGACAACUUGGGUGUAAAGAUGGGAAAAACUGGAACAGCAACCAAGCCACGGACAUAAUGGAAACAUCAGGGUGGAAGUCUAUGAUUCAGUCUCACCCUCACUUAGUAGCAGAAGCCUUCAGAGCACUAGCAUCUGCACAGUGCCCACAGUUUGGCAUUCCACGCAAACGGCUAAAGCAGUCCUGAAACCUUCUGUGAACAGUAGAAAAACAUGGAAUUGACUUUUGUUCCUCCAGGUCCAGAAGGAUUCUAAUACACAAACCAUAAGCGAAAGUUGUUUCUGUUUUCUUAUCUGCAAAACAGAAGCUGAAAAGGCAUAUUGCUUGCAUUUCAGGUGGAUAAUUUAUGGUUUAUACUUCAGCUUUAAAUUAGACUGAUUAAUUCACUUCAAGGCCUUAAAUUAUCUUCAGUGACUUUUCUUAUUCAUAUAGUACUUUAAUUUUUUUAUUGUGCCUUGUCAUUUUGACCAAGGCUAUGCAGGAUUGCACUGGCUCCAUAAUGCAGUAAUAUCGAUAGCUGAAGAUAAUAAGUUUCAAAAGGAUCUUCCAUUAUUUUAAGAAAGGAAAAAUGAAUUUUAUAGGACUUGUCCUAUGUUAUCUCAAAAUGUAAACUCCUUAAAAGCACUUGCAUUGAAGAUUACCAGUUAUGUUUCCAGUCUAAGUUCUAUAAAUAUAGGAGAACCUGCUUAUCUUCAAGGUAAGUUAUGGAAAUACACUGCUUCAAUUCUAAUUUAUUUUUCAUUUCAAGGGGCAAAUAUGCAAUGAGUUGGCCCAAAUUAUACUAAACUUGUGGUGUUUGUCUGUGUGUUAGCUGUCCAAGAAACUGGGUUUAUCCAAGUUUACAGUGGUGAAGAAAUGACUGAAAUAAGAUUUCAAUAGGAAGAAGGCAUGUUUUGUGCUGAAGUAAUUUUUUAAUUUAUAAUGAUCUACAUUUAUAUGAAGAAUUCUGUACAUGUUAAAAGUGAGGUUGACCAAAUGUAAAUGUAAUGAGCGGGCCAAGUAAGAAAAAUAUAUAUGCACUUUUAAUGUGUGACUUUUCUAUGCUGAAUGGUACAUAUAUUUUUUUGCUUUUGAGGGGAUUAAUAAUGUAUAAUUAUGUUUUAACUUUUGAAAUAAUUUUUUUAAGACGGAGGCAACUAGAAUGUUUGUGAUAAUUAAUAAGAAAGAGAUCAUUGACUAUAGGUAAAUUGGUUUGGAUUUCACAUGUUCCUUAUUGAAUUUAUUCCUGUUUUAUCAUACUUUGAAAAAAUGAACAAUAAAUGAGUUCUGGACAGUCUGCCCUCCUACAAACAGUGAACAAUUAUUAUUUGCCCAUGGAAAAUGCACAGUAUAGGAGAGAACCCUUAGAAUCCAAAGUGUCAGUCUACACUUCAGACUGCUCAAGCUUGUCAGUUCAAGCUUAUUCCCCCUUAUUUUCUCCCUUGUAUUUCAGUUACUAUAGUAACAUUGUGGAUUAUUAAAAUUCUGCAUAAUGUGAACAGGAUAAACUAUUUAUAAACUGCUUUUUCAUGGGCCAGUUCUUUAUUAUAAGUGAAUUUUAGCUUUAAACAUACAAAAAUGCUCACUGAUAGUCAUGAGGUUUAUUUUGAGGCCUUGUCCUGGAGAAGCAGAUGUGAUCAGUGUCAGAACUACAUUUGACCUACUGUCACAGAGACAGUGUGCUUCUUAGGUAAGAUUUAUAUUUGACAACAUGGGGUAAAGUAUGUCACUGGAAAAAAAUGCACAUACUUGUAUCUUUGCAUAUAUAACUUUAUUCUCCAGAGUAAAAUUUGUUUAUUUAGAUUUUUCAUUCAGGACAAAGAAAAGCGAUAAAGGUUGAGGUUUUAAAAUAGAUGAUAUUUUUGCUGUUUGUUAGAUGUUAUCUGAAACAAUCCUAAUGUAUCAAGAAUGAUUCAUCUUUACAUUGAACAAACACUGUCCAGAAAGCAUUUAUUAUUCAAAACAGUGUUGAAAAGAUCACAUUUUUAAUUAACUUAGUUUAAUUGAGUCUUUGCUAUAUAUCUUAAAAGUUUGAAGUUAUCUCGUAGGAUAGAAGAAAGAUUCUGACCUAGUAAUGGACUUUAUCCUGUAUAAGAAUAUAAUGGCAAGUAGAAAUUCACUUUCUCAGUUUCACCUUAAUAUUAAGCCUGUUAAAUGUACAAUUUUAUUUUAUUUGUUCAUUUGUGUUUUUUGAGACAAGAUCUUGCUUAAGCUUUGAAGUCACUAUGUAACCCAAGCUGGCUUCAAACUUGUAGCGAUGAUCCUGUCUCAGCCUCCCUUUGCUGGGAUUAUAGGUGUGUGCCACCAUACCUGUUAUGAUGUACAAUUUUAAAAAUACACAUGCAUACUUUUAAGAUUUUUGCCAGGAUCUUAUUUAUAAGAAAACAACUUCUGUCUAGCUAUAGAAUUAUGUUGUCACAUAUUAAAAAAUGGUGUAUCCAUUUAUAUCACAUGCACACCAUGCCAGUAAAGUGUAAAUUAAUUCACAGAUUCAUUCUAAUAUUGUAAUCACAUAUACUUCAGUAGCACCAUUUAGUGAGUAUCUCAGCUUCCUGAUUCCAGUGUUUAUUUCAGAUCUUAAAGACUUUAUUAUGAAGAUGUUUUUUAAGUUUGGUAGCACAUUUUGUACCCAAAAUGUCAAACACUGUGCUGUAAUUACGAAUAUUCAUUUUUGUAGAAAUGUCCACUUUUCAGAUAAUAUAAUGCCUACCAUUAUACUAACAGAAUUGUAUGGUAGUUGAUUUAUUUUUUUAUUUAUUAUUACGUAUAUUUUUAGUAUUAUAGUUUCUUGAGGCAAUGAUUAAAAAAACUGUUAAUGUAUUCUUAUGCGAGUGCUCUACUAGCCUUUCCCCACCCAUUCCACCAUCUUUUAAAGUACAUACAUUUUAUUUAAAAUAGAUAGUUUCUGUCUAGAGCAGUCUUGCCUUUUAAACUAUAAAUCUACUCCUGUUUUUCUUUUGUCAGCCAAGGAGGCUUUUGCUUAGAAAGUAAUGAUUGGUUUUAAAUAUUACAUAUUAGAAAAGUAGCCAUUGGUUAAAUGUUGUUUAGACUAAGAAUUAGAAACACUCUAUUUGUGCCUUUUUCAUUUUUUAAUUUUGAUGUGUAUUGAUAUUUGGAGCACAAAUAUGAAGGUGCCAUAGUAUGGCUUACCAAUGUUACCUCCUGAGAUAUUCAUGUGUCAUUGUCUUCAAAUAGUAAUUGGAGAACCUUGCAUGAAAUAUGUGGUCUUUUGUGUGGGGAGUAUGUGUGUGUGUGUGUGUGUGUGUGUGUGUGUGUGUGUGUGUGUAUCUGUGCAUGUGUAUAUGUCUGUAUUCAUUUGGGCUUGUGUGUGAAGAGUAGAUAUAUGAAAAUAGGACUCAGUUAAAUGUUGAACAUUCAGAUUAGUUAAAAUAAUUAAAUGUGCUUUAAUUGGAGGGACAAUUGACAAAAGAAGUUAUCAUUCUUAAAGACGUGACUAAUUUUUACUGCACGAUGAAAUAUCAACAGUGCCUUUUUAGGACAUCAAUUAUAAUUGUUUUAAAAUAGUAAAAAUUCUUAAGUUAUCAACAUUAUUGAUUUAUUUUUAUCUCAAAACUUAAAUUCUCAAAAGCAUAAUUUUUAAUUUACCCAUUUAAAUUUUUUGCAUAAAUUUAACAUACAAGCAGAAAUCUUUCUGCUAAUGGUGUAUAAGGGCUAACCGUAUAGCUCUACCAUGCACAUGAAGCCCUGAGUUCCUUCUGCAGCACUGCCAAAAUACAAACAACUGAAAAAUUCUGGAUCAUAAAUACUACCAACUGUUACUAAAAUCAACAGGGACUUUGGUAAGUUGUUUUGGAAAUCUAAUUUAGCAAACUUUGCUCAUAGCCAUGUACACAGAGGUGAAUUAGUCUGACUGGACAUGCAUGCUUUAUGAUGGAUAAAAUAGUAUAUUCUUGAAAAGGGGUGAGUGAGUUUGUUUUAGUGUUCUCAGUUUAUAAAGAUAGCACUUUCAGCAUACAUAAGGGUAUUUUGCAAGCCCUUUUUAUACAGGUUAUGAAAUGCUCUACUUUAAAUGUUUUCAGUUCAUGGAAUGAUAGAAAUUUUAGGUCCAGUUGAACAAAUAUUGAGUGCCUACCAUAUGCAAGACUUCUUCACUAGGAUUGAAAUCACACUGUGUCUUCUGUUUGUAGUAUGUGAACUCUGUUUGAAAAGGAAUUAUUAUAUUUAAAUCUUUUUCUGUUAUUAGAGUUUUAUCAUUAUAUACUGUAAACCAUUUGAUUUUGCAUUUUUAAAAAUGGAGAUACAAUUUGAGUCCCGUUUCUGAAAAUAAAAUUCUUCUAAAGUUAUUUAAAUAUUCUGAGGAAAGUUGACUUUCAAAAUUUAAAUGUGUACAAGAUAACUGAACUAAUUUUAGCCUCAUUUUUAAUCAGUUGAUGUUAAUGAUAAGAUACAUACUAUUUGUAUCUUGUUGCUGAAAAUAUUUUGGAGUUCAGCACAUUGAGUUAAAAUAAAGUUGUUAUCACUUAUUCAGAA